GUCCGUCCGGCGCCGGGAGGUCUCGUCUUAUCUCCCUGCAGGGCAGCAACCCCAAGGCCAGUUAGUACCGACCUGGGGGCGGGGGUAAGUGUUGACCAAGGUCUUGGCCCGCCCAGCUUCUGUCCCUCUCCGGGUCUUCCUCUGCACCGCUGACCUAAGGAUUGGAAUUCGAAAGAAACAGUAUUCGUAGUGAACCCUCCCGGACCUCAGUUUACUUCUCCGUGAAAUGGGAGGGUUAACCCACGACACAGCUGCAGCUCUCCGGUGCUGACGUUCACUGAUGACCUCCCGUUUGUUUCUUCUGUCAUUGUUCCCCCCACCACCACCACUUUGUAGACUUUAACAGACCAGUAAUACUGGGGGCAAGAAAAUGCCAGCUGGAUACCAGGGAGAAACAACUUUUUUUGAAGUUUUUAAGACACGGUGCAGUGAAUCAGAUUUAGGGCCAAUAAGCCUUAACUGGUUUGAAGAACUUACUUCAGAAGCUCCACCUUACAAUUUUGAAACUUCAGAGGAUCAUGGAAAUAAAACUGAAAUUAUUGAGUUGACUUCUUUUAAAACACCUCAGCGGAAACCUUUCACUUAUAAUCAGCUGGCUUCAACACCAUUAAUCUUCAAAGAACGGAAUGUAAAUUUUUCAUUGUAUUCCCCUCCUUUAAGAGGACCAGAUCAUUGCAAAUCAGACAUAGGUAAGGAUAAUGCAGUUGAUAAAGAACUUAGGAAAAGUCAUUGCAUAAUGAAGACCAAAUUAGGUCAAGCAAAUGAUGUUACCAGCCCACCUCUCAGUGCUUGUCUCAGUGAAAGUCCAAUGGUUUUACGAGGCCCAUACAGAACUCCACAGAGGGAAAAGCCUGUGGCAUAUGGAAACUUGUUUUAUACCCCUAAACUAAUGAAGGUUAAUACACCAAAACACAUUUCUGAAAGUCUAGGAGCAGAGGUGGAUCCAGACAUGUCUUGGUCAAGCUCUUUGGCCACUCCCCCCACCCUCAGUUCAACUGUGCUAAUAGUCAGAGAUGGUCAGACUUCUGGAACUAGGAUUCCUAAUGAUACUACAAUUAUGUUGCAAAAGUCUUUAUCUCAGCAAGGUGAAAGUCCUCAGAGACUUGAUAGGACCACCUCUUCUGUACCAAACGUUGAAAAUACACAUGCAACAGAUGACAUCACGAGCCAGGAACUGGAAAAAAUGAUAGAUGAUUCAUUUGGUGAUGGAAAUAACUUUGAAGACCGUAGUGGAAAGAUGAUGAGAAAUGUGCCGAAUGUUAUGGAAGAUGAAGUGUGUGAUCCAGUCAUUGAUACACCUCUAGAAGAUGGUACUUCAUUCAGUUUCCCUGGUUAUAAAAUAGGAAGUCUACGAAAAGUAAAACUUGAUAAGACUAAGAAAAAAUAUUUUAAAAUAAAAACUAAUGAAUGUGAAGAGACUGAAAAAUUAAAUAAGAACGAUAAGUAUUCAAGUACAUCUGAAGCUGAACUAGAAUACUGUUGUCCAUGCAUUUCAAAAGAAAUUCAGAAGACCAUUGAGAAUGUUAAUGAAGAAUUGUUGAAGGAUGCAACUCAGUGGUCUCAACUAAACCUUUCUGGUCUGGAUGUAACACAGCUAGAGAGAACACCACUGCCACAUAUUUCUUUUUUUGAUCAAAAUUCAGGAGAAAGAUCAGCAAAUUCAGACAAUGAAUGUUCCAGCUUAACUACUUUUAAAAAUGUAGAAAUGUCAGUGUAUAAAGAGGAUGAAGAGAAAAUUAGCACACCUCUGAAAGAAACCGUUCUGUUAUUAAAACAGACAUCCCCUGAAAGUUCUUCACUAAAUUCUUUAUGUCAAGAUAGAAAAAGUUCCAUGUUCAAAAUGGGACAAAUAUCUGAAGAAACCAUCAGCAUGGAUGGUUUUUCCUUUUGCACAAUCAACACAAGCAUUACAACAGAAUCUAAAGUUCUUGGAAAUAAACUGGAAAAUCCCAAGUCUUCUGUAAAUGAUAUUGUUUGUCCUGGAGAUUAUGGUUCCUUCUCUCCAAAUACAGAUGGUAAAGAAAACUGUCCAACAAUUACCAAAUGUAACUCAUCACCUUUGAACAGUGCAGGUAUAAUUUCUCAUUUAAAAAAGAAGACAAAAAAGUUUAUUUAUGUUGUGAAUGAUGAUUCAUCUUGUGAAGGAGAAAAAAUACAAAAAGCUCAAGAAAUAGGAUCAAAGAACUAUUCUGCAUCAUCAUAUUUAGAAUCGAAUUCUUCUGAAGUUCAUCCUGAAUUCACAGAUGCUCUUUCAGAUGUUUUGGAUUCCUCUGUCAAAAGAAAAUGUUUACAAUUUAAUCCUGAAAAACAGACUGUCUCCCUAACUGGUCCUGACAAAACAACACUGGAAGAAUGUUAUAAUGAAAGCAGUUUUCCUCAGAAUGAAGUAACAUCUCAGGAUGUAAAUUUUAAAGAAGUAAAAAUAAAUAGAGGGGAUCUAGAGUCAACUAUAACAGAAGCUGGUAAUCAGUCACAGUCUCAAAAAAGAGGCUACAACAAUGCUUCAAAAAGUCCAGGAGUUUCAAAUAUAAAAGAACAAGUCUUGGCUGCAGCAUGCCUCCUUCCAAGAAAACAUACAGAAAUAGAAUUGGGGAAUAUUGGAGAAAAUAUUCACUUUCCAACAAAAGAUAGAACUCUAAAUGACACAAUUAAUUCUGUUAUUACUUUAUCUCAACUUCCUCAGGAUCCACCAGAGUUUUCUGUUGUGAUUUAUGCAGAAAAGGAACCUUUAUGCAAAAUGAAACAAAAACUAAAAUUUAGAAGAAACUCUGAUUCAACUUUUGUCACAAGUAAAGUUAGUUCUGAACUAACAGAGAGCAUUACUAAUAGCCACUUUAAGAAGACUCAAGAAACUGAAGUAUCAGAUGAAAUUUCAGGAGAAGUUCAACAAAUGUCAUCUGAAAAAUGCAAAGAAAUAUCGUCAGUUUCUUUGGGAGCACAGCUCAGCAAAAAUGCUGACCUCUUUGUAAGCCUAAGAAACCAGGAAAAAACUAUUUCCAUUACAGAAAAAACAGUUCUUGAACCAUAUGCUGAGGAACAUUUGCCUUUGAAUAAAGAUAACUUCCUUUUUCAAACAAUAGAUAAAAAGAAUGUACAGAUUAUGGACAGUUCUGAGGAACUCCUUGAGACUAAUUUCUCUUAUUUAGGAGUGUCUAUUCCUGAGAACUCUAUAGAAAUAGAUUGCAAACAGACAGUUCAAGAGGUGUGCACAGAUUAUUUUUCAUCAGAAGUGGUUCCUGAAUUUAUAGAGGACAGCCAGAAUAAAAGCCAGACUCCAAAAUUGGAAAGUACUAUUGAUACUAAUGUGAAAUCAAAGAAAAAUGAAGAUAAUUUUUUGGAAAAGUGGGCAGGAAAUUUCAAUCCUGACUCAAAUAAGAAUUUUGGUAGUGGAUUCAAAACAGCUUCCAAUAAGGAGAUAAUACUCUCUGAACACAACAUUAAGAAAGGGAAACUUUUCUUCAGAGAUAUUGAACAGCACUAUGACAGUUGCUCUUCUGUAGAAAUUGUGAACACUUCAACUUUAGUAGCAGCAGAAAAUAUCAAGACUGAUUUAGAUACUGAAAACCAAAUCAAGAAUUCUUUCCCCGUUUGGAAUUCAGAAGCAAGCCAUACUAUGUCUAAGGAUGUCCAGAGUAACAUAUUUGUUAUUAACAAGAAAGAUACUGAUGUAACUCUGGAAGACUUACCAUUAGAAAAAGAUCUUGAUCUUACCUAUAGUUUAACAGCCAGCCAAAAAGCAGAAAUUACAGAGCUUUCGACAAUUUUGGAAGAAACAGGAAGCCAGUUUGAAUUUACACAGUUCAGAAAACAAAGUCCUUCAGUACAAAAGCUUGAAAUAUCCACCAACAAAGCAGCAGAUGAGUUAGGCAACUUAAAUACUUAUGAGGUCCAGAACACUGUUGAACUUGAUGGUUAUUUUGGAGCUAAAAAUGAGAUAGAUAAUAACAGAGCUCCUAAACAAGUAGAUUUAAUUGUGAACUCUGAAGUGGUAAUUAAUGUAAAGCAAGAAUUUGUUGGUUUGCCAAAAAGUAACUCUGGACAAUUCACCUCUACUGAUAUUUUUACUAAAAAUGAAGUAGAGUUUGAAGGCUUUUGUUCUGCUCUUGGAAGAAAGAUGAAUAUUUCUAAUGAAGCUUUACAAAAAGCUAUGAAAUUGUUCAGUGAUAUUGAGGAGAUUGGUGAGGAAACACCUCUGCAGAAUUUUAGGAAUGGUUCUUUAGGUAGAAGUCAUAAGUCUAAUAUUAUUCCUACAUUCAAAAUUGCAAAUUAUAAUACCAAUGAAGAUUUUCAAGGGAAAGAUGGUAAAUGUGUACACAAACAACAAAACAGCGUUGAGAAUAAUACUGGCAUUUUUGUUGAAGAAAACAUAUUAAAUUGCAGCAGAGACCCAGAAAAUAAAAAGAGUAGUUGUCCAUUAUCUAUUAGUUCACAUAAAGAUAACAGUAAAUUAAAAGGAUCUGUUGUACAUAAUUCAAGUAAUAACAGUCAAAGAGAAAUAAAUGGCUUGUCAUCAAUUGGUCAGCAAAAUAUACAUCUGAGAAUGUCUAAACUUAUAAAACAAGAAAAUUAUCAAAUUAAAGAAGAAUUGUUAGAUUUAACUUGCUUGGAAGAAGCUGUUAAAGAUGAAGAAAUGUUUACCUUGAACAUAAGCCAAGUGGAAGAGUUGAUUUCUAAUCAAAAGGAGCAAAAAAUUAGAGAAAAUGAAAAUUCCUGUGACCUACAGCAUUUUCAGACUGCGAGUGGUAGAAAUAUUAGGGUCUCAAAGGAAUCUUUCAAUAAAGUUGCACAUCUGUUUGCUGAAGAAUGCUCAGUAAAAGAAUUAAAUAAUUUUUCAUUUCCUUUGAUUUUGGAGAUGCCAAAUGUUGCUUGUAAUAAACCAAUGGAACUUUCAGGGAAAGAGGAAGAAAACUUAGUUGAAAGUGAAACAGAAGAAAUGGCUCUUGGUGCUACUAAAAAUCAGUUGAUAUCUAUCCAACAGGGACCAAAAAUUGAAAACAAAAAAUGGAAAGAACAUAGUAUGGUGAGUUUUCAUACUGCUAGUGGAAAAAAAGUUGUAAUUUCAAAUAAAUCUUUGGCUAAAGUGAAGCACUUUUUCGUUGAGGAAAAUUUAGAAAAUGAUGCUACUUACAUUGAGAAUCUUGAGACAGAACUUUUUAAGCAAAGAGAAAAAGCUAAUGAAAAGCAUAGACAAGCUUAUGAGAUGGUUGAGUUAAAUAAUGCCCAAAUGAGGGAAGAAAUGCAAAAUUAUCAGGGUGAUGAUGAAAAAAUCCUUGUUUCUAUUAGAACUGCAGGUCCACCUAAAAUAACUGAUAGUGCUCCUUCUAAUGAACCUUCAAAUAGUAUUUUAUUUGAAGAAAAACUGUCUGAAAAUAAAGAAAGUAAAGAAAAUUGUAUGUUGUCUGAUACAAAACAGUCUACUGAUUUGCCUGUUGGAAUUUCAGGUUUGGGAUUUUACACAGGACAUGGUAAAAGCAUUUCUGUAAGUGAAACUUCAUUACUGGCAGCAAGAAAAUGGAUUAGAGAGAGAGACUUAGAAGAUUUAGGAGGAAACAUCUCUUAUGUUGAUGGGAUCAUAUGUUUAAAAGCAGACUCUGAUGUCCAUGGGGAGAAGCUUGUGCCUUUAAAUACUUCAAAUAAUACAUCAUCAGUUGAAGACAAAAACUGUAUCUCUGAUAAGCAAGAUUCAGCUAAUUUAAGUAAUAAUAUGUCAAAGAUUAAACAUAAUUUAAAACAUGAUACAAAAAGGUCUGAUUUUUGUCAUUCAGAUAAUGCAGAUUUCUUCCCAGAGCAUACAUCUAAUAAAGUAAUGUCAUGUCUUAAGACAAGACCACCUGCAUUCACUACAGCAAGUGGCAAGACAGUUCGAGUUUCACAUGAAGCAGUACAAAAAGCAAGAGAGAUGUUUAUAAAUGAUUGUGAUAAGUUCCUUAAACCAAACAUUGAGACCAAAUCAGAAAAUAAUGAAAUGGAAAUUGCAAAAGAUUUUUCUAAGACAUUGGAAAACAAAGAGGAUGUUUCUCUUAAAUCUUUUGGUGGCAAGAAGAAGAAUAUGUCCACAGCUGAUAUUUUUGUUUCAAAUAAAAAAUGCAGUAAACUAGCACAACUUGAAAAUAUAUCAACAAAUACUGGAUUAGAGAUGGACUCUGAACUGUCACAUUAUCAAAUAAAUUCUAAAACUUCUGAUUUGUAUAAAUCUACUAUGGGAAGAGUGACUAACUGUAGCUCUUCUGUUGGGAUUUUUUGUACAGCCAAUGGCAAACCUGUACAAGUAUCAGAUAAUUCAUUGCAGAAAGCCAGACAAGUAUUUUCUGAAAUAGAAAGUAAUUCUGAGAAAUUACUUCCCAUGACAUCCUUUAAAGAUAUUGAAAGCCAUCCAGAAACAUUAUUAGGAGAAGAAAAUGCCGUGUUAUAUGCAAAAACUAACUUACUAUCAGAAAAGAAAGACUAUUUAAGUAAUAUGCCAAAUUUACAUAACAACUCUGGAUUUAGUACCGCAAGUGGAAAACAGGUUUCAAUCUCUGAAAAUGCAUUGAAGAAAGUUAAAGCUAUGUUAGUAGAAUUUGAUUUAAUGAAAAGUGAGUGUUGUGUUGAGCAUUUACCUGAAUCUACACAAAAUGAUACACCAAAAGUUCUGUCUUCUAUUCCUUGUAUUGAUGGUGGUAAAAACCCAAAACAUACUGCAAAUUCCAAAAAUGAAGAAACUUGUAAUAAAGAGCUCAACUUCUCAAAUAAUUGUAAUGUUGAAAUAAAUUCCUCAGAAAAUAGUAGCGUACUAAAGUCUUGUAAUCAAUUUAAACAAGAUGAGAUGCAAUCACCUUUAGAAACUAAGCUGACUCCUGCUAAAGAUAUUUCAUUUUUGAAAAAAGAACUAGUUGGCCAUAAGAAUGUGAACGUGGAAGGUGAUGAAAUUUUAGCUGAUCUUCCUGUGAAAGGAAGCCUGCGAGUUUCUUCUGACUCCAAAGCCCCAGAAAAUUCUCUUGAUAGAGAAGCAAUGGAAAUUGCCAAAGCUUUUAUGCAAGAUGAUGAACUCACAGAUUCUGAAUUGCCUCUUAAUGCCAAACAGUCAUUUUUUACUUUUAAAAACAAAGAGCGCAUGCAACUAAAUUCAAGAUUUGGGAAAAGAAGAAUGGAAAAACAUGCUUCACAUGGAGAACCCCCAAUUAAAAGAAAAUUGUUACAUGAAUUUGACAGAGUGGUGGAAAAUCAAGAAAAAUCUUUAAAACCUUCAAAAAGCAGUCCAGAUGGCACAAUGAAAGAUAGGCGAAUGUUUAUGCACCAUAUUCCCUUAAAGCCAGUUACUUGUGAUCCCUUUAGCACAACUAAGGAACGGCAAGAAAUGCGGCAUCCCAAUUUUACUGCACCUGAUCAAGGAUUUCCGUCAAAAUCUCCCUUUUUAAAACACCAGACUUUGGAAAAUUCAAGCUAUAAGUUACUUUUGGGAAGUCCAUCAUAUAUAGUUUCCUCUACAGAUAAUGGAAAGAUGAAAUCCAAGACUGUUGUAGGCAAGCUUGCCAAAGUCUUUGUUCCACCAUUCAAAACUAAGUCAGACUCUUCAACAGAUGAGCAGUAUGUCAGUAAGAGACUUAAGCUGAAGGUAAAGGAGAACACACAAGAAAAUGAGAAGCAAAAAUGCAUAGAUGGACGUAAUACUGAAGUUAGUGAAAAUAACGAAAGUUAUUUCACUGGCAAAGAUAAUGCGGAUCAAGCAACAUCUGGUGUUUUUGAAGAAUGUGGAGACUCAAACCUAGAGAUGAUUGAAAAUCUUCAGAAUGCCAGAGAGAUGCAAGAUAUGAGAAUUAAAAAGAAACAGACUCAACAGAUUCAUCCACAGGCAGGCAGUCUGUAUCUUACAAAAACAUCUUCUAUUCCUAGGAUAUCUCUCAAAAUAGCAGUGGAAGGCAGAGUUCCCUCUACUUAUUCCAGUAAACAGUUGUAUAUGUAUGGGGUUUCUAAACAGUGCCUGAGGAUUAACAGCAGAAAUGCAGAGUCUUUCAAAUUUCACAGUCAAGAUUACUUUAGUAAGGAGUAUUUGUUGGAUGGAAAUGGAAUACAACUGGCUGAUGGUGGAUGGCUCAUACCUACUGAUGAAGGAAAGCUUGGAAAAGAAGAAUUUUACAGGGCUCUGUGUGAUACUCCUGGUGUUGAUCCAAAACUUAUUACUAAAACCUGGGUAUAUAACCACUAUAGAUGGAUUAUAUGGAAACUGGCAGCUAUGGAAUUUACCUUUCCUAAGGAAUUUGCUAGUAGGUGCCUAACUCCAGAACGGGUACUUCUGCAACUGAAAUAUAGAUAUGACAUAGAAAUUGAUAAGAGCAGAAGAUCAGCUCUUAAAAAGAUAAUGGAAAGAGAUGAAACAGCUGCAAAAACACUGGUGCUUUGUGUUUCUGAAAUAAUUUCAUCAGGCACAAAUACAUCUAUAACUGCCAACAGUAAAAACAAUAAUGUGGACACCAAAAAAAGAUCAGCAGUUAUAGAAGUUACAGAUGGAUGGUAUGCAAUCAAGGCACUGUUAGACACUCCCCUCUUAGCUCUGUUACACAGGGGUAAAUUGACUGUCGGUCAGAAGAUUAUAACCCAUGGAGCAGAACUGAUAGGCUCUCAGGAGGCUUGCACACCUCUUGAAGCUCCAGCAUCUCUUAUGUUAAAGCUUUCAGCUAACAGCACUCGACCUGCUUGUUGGUAUGCCAAACUGGGCUUCUUUUCAGAUCCCAGACCUUUUCCACUGCCCUUAUCAUCACUCUUCGGCGAAGGCGGAAAUGUUGGCUGUGUUGAUAUAGUUAUUCAAAGAGCUUAUCCUACCCAGUGGAUGGAGAAGACGGUAUCUGGAUUAUAUAUAUUCCGUAAUGAACGAGCAGAAGAAAAGGAAGCUUUAAAACAUGCGGAAUGUCAACAAAAAAAACUGGAAGCCUUACUUACAAAAAUACAAGCAGAAUUUGAAAAACAUGAAGAAAAUAGUGCAACACACCCUGGGCUAUCACGUAUUUUAACAAGACAGCAGGUUCGUGCUCUACAAGAUGGUGCAGACCUUUAUGAAGCAGUUAAGAAUGCCCCAGAUCCAGCUUACAUUGAGGGCUGUUUCAGUAAAGAGCAGUUAAGAGCUUUGAAUAAUCACAGGCAGAUGUUGAAUGAUAAAAAGCAAGCACAGCUCCAGUCAGAAUUCAGAAAGGCUGUAGCAGCUGCUGAACUGGAGGAACAAGGAUUGUCCAAAAGAGAUGUAACUAUGGUUUGGAAAUUACGAGUCGUCAACUAUGAGAAACAAGAAAAAGAUUCAGUUAUAUUGAGCAUCUGGCGUCCAUUAUCAGAUAUAUAUUCCCUACUAAAGGAGGGAAAUCGAUACAGAAUCUACCACCUGGCAACAUCACCAUCUAAAAGCAAAUCUGACAGAGCUCGUAUCCGAUUAACCUCAACAAAGAAAACUCAAUAUCAGCAGCUGCCGGUCUGUCAUGAAAUUCUAUUCCAAGUUUAUCAACCAAGGGAAGCACUGCCAUUGAGCAAGUUAGCAGAUCCAUCCUUUCAGCCCCCUUGUGCCGAAGUAGACAUAGUAGGGUUUGUGGUUUUUAUCACCAAAAAACCAGGUGUUGCACCUUUGGUGUACUUGUCAGAUGAAUACUGUAACUUAUUAGCAGUAAAGUUGUGGAUAGACCUUAAUGAAGAUGUUAUUAAAGUGCAUACAUUGAUAGCUGCAAGCAACCUUCAGUGGAGAGCAGAGUCCAGAUCAGGAAUUCCCACCUUAUUUGCUGGAGAAUUUUCUUCAUUUUCUGCCAGUCCAAAGGAAAGUCAUUUUCAAGAGAUAUUCAACAAGUUGAAAAGUUCUGUUGAGAAUAUUGACCUGUUCUGCAGUGAUGCAGAAAGUAAACUUACUCAUCUGCUCAACACACAUAAUUCCAAACAACCUAAUGCAGUCAAAGAGUAUAAUUUAGACUCACCUUAUCCUCAAGCAAGACUUGGCCUGGGGCAUGUGAUAUCCACUUCUCAUAGCGAACCAAGUCAUCACUGUCCUGAAGGGAAUUCUGGUCUUACCACCAGCUCAGUCAAAAUAACCCCAACAGCAGACUGUAAAGGAGACAGAAAAAUGGAUGACCCCAGAAUCUGCAAGAAGAGGAGAUCAUUGGAUUUCUUCAGUAGACUGCCUUUACCUCCACCAAUUAGCCCAAUCUGCACAUUUGUUUCUCCAGCUGCACAGAAAGCAUUUCAGCCACCACGGAGCUGUGGCAAGAACCAAAGCAAACCUAUAAAGGAAAAUACACUGAACUCUCCUCAAAUGACAGCAUCAAAAACAUUAAGUGGAAUGAGUAUGGUGGAAAAUGAUUUGAUUGCAGAUGAAGAAUUGGCAUUGAUAAAUACACAAGCCCUUUUGUCUAAUUCACCUGAAUAAAAUUGAGUAAAUAACUUGAUUAAUAAAAAUAUUAUUGAUGGAUCCACCAAGAGAGAACGCAGUGGUUCAGGGGAGCACUGUGUACUGAAAAAAGACUGUCCUAAAACUGUGAUAGAAGUGGGAACUAUUUCUCAAACCAGUAUUGAAGAGACUAAGAUUACUAGGUAAGACAAAAAUGAAAUCACAGUUUUAUCAGAAAAGCUCAAAGUGACAAAAACAAAAAUGACAGGAAGCAGUGCAGAAUCCUUCAUUUUCAAUUCUAUUUUGUAAAGACUUGUAUAGUUUGUACUUGUAUAUAGGUAUUCUUUUUCCAUUUUAAAUACAAUAACGUGUAGAAUGGGAGAAAAAUUUGUCUUAUUUUCAAGAUCCUGUAAAUAUUCAUAAUGAUGUGUAUAUUUACUCAAUGGGGAAACAUGCUUUAUAUUAAAAUGGUUGUAAUUUUUCACUA